AUGCAGAUGAAACAUCUCAGGGAAACUCUUUACUCAGUUCUUCUUUUCCAAGAUAUAUCCUUUUUCGACAGAGAAGCAGUUGGUGAUUUGACAAGCAGACUUGGGGCAGAUUGUCAACGAUUAUCUCUUGUUAUUGCGAAUGAUAUUAGUUUGAUCUUACGCAAUGUUCUUCAGGGGAUAGGUGCACUGAUCAAUUUGUUGAUAUUAUCUCGGCCUCUCGCAUUAUCAACAUUGUACCAAAAGAAAGCUGCAAAGUUAGUCCAAGACUUCACUGCUGGUGCCAAUGAAGCUGCGCAAGAAACAUUUUCCUUGAUGAGAACUGUCCGGGUUUAUGGAACUGAAAGAAAAGAAUUUGGAAGAUUCAAGCAAUGGCUAGUCAAAGUUGCUUUUGUAAACAUUCGAGAGAGUGUGGCUUAUGGAUUCUGGUGUGUGAGUUUCAGUACUCUUUAUCGUUCAGCACAGAUUAUUGCAGUGGUGUUGGGAGGAAUUUCAAUUAUGAGUGGUCAUGUAUCAGCUGAGCAACUAAAUGAGGAGCUUUGGUGUUUAUUUCCACAAACUGACCGUGCAGUCCCAUCCUAUCUGGAAUAUUAUCCGGUGGAAAAAGAGAAAUCCCUUGUAAACCAUGGUGUCACAAACCCAGAUUUGGUCAUCAAUUUUGCAUUUGAGAAUGGAGAUUCUGACAUCACCCUGCAUUUAGGGAGGGAUUCUGUUCCUUCUUUUGCAACUACUGCCUUUUCACAGGACCUUACAGGGCUCCCUAGCUAUAGGUCUGGUGGAUAA